UCGAGCACAUUUUUGUCUUUCUUUCUCCUUCAUUUGGUCGUCGGUGUUUGUGCAGUGAACAUUGUUGUACGUAGUGCGUAGCACGUGCCGGAUACUUUUAUUUGUAAUUCAAAUAAUUUUAUAACUUAAUAUAAAAUGGCAGACGCAGCCGUCGAAAAAGAUGUCGCACCUGAAGAAGUUACUUCUACUGAGGCACCAAAAGAGUCCCCAGUGAAGAAAACUCCUGCCAAGAAAGAUGCAGAGCCUGCUGAAAGCAAUGGCAAAGAGGAAAAUGGUAGUGGCGAUGCUCCAGAGGAAACUCCUGCAGAAAACGGCGACGAAAGCAAUGAUGCUGUUGAGAAUGGAGAAGCAACAGAAAAAAAAGAGGCUGGUGUAAAGAGGAAAUCUGUAGCUACCGACAAUGGUGAUGCAGCAGAGAAGACAACACCUGAGAAAAAGGCGAAAGUAGCAAAGGAAGCUCCUCCAGCGGAGGAAGCCACUCCAGCGGAAGAAGAGGCAAAAGCCUAAACUACACUACACUGUACUUGGUUUACUGCAAUGCAUCCUUUGUUCAUUAGGGUUCAACUCUACUCAGACUGAUACAUAUCCUCUAUACAUUUACACAAUGCCAAAACUAUAGUUUUUAUACAUUGUUAUGUAUUUGUACACUUUAUUAUAUUGCGAGUUGGGCCCUUUUGUGACCACACUAAUUUUAGGUUUAUAAUAUAAAUGCGUAUUUAACUUACCUGUGAAGUACCUGUAAAGUGUAAAUUUUUAUAUCAGUCAUGUCAGAUGUGCAUCGCAGUGAACUGAACUAAUGAAAGUUUGGAUUUGGUGUAGUAUGCUGUUUUUGCGUAUCGGUGUCUAUUACAGCAGACCAUUAGAUGGGUUAUUGAAUUGAUGAAAGAGUAACACAUAUUGGUCAACUAUUCCGCCAGUAGGUACUGCCAAAGUAAUUCACCCAGUGUGAAAUCAAUUCACAAUCCGUUCUGUGAACGAUGCGACUUAUAUAAACAGCUUCUAUAAUACAAGGAUUUUAUAUAAACUUAAGGUUAAUUAAAGUGUUUAGAUAAAUAAUUCAGUUGUAAAUUUAAGUUAGCAGUUAAAUGUCGCACAUUUAUAUUACAUAGGCAUUAUUACUUAACCAUUUAAACAUUCCUUUGACUUGGGUUUAAGUGCAUGUGAACUUUUGUUCUUGCUUCAUAGCAAGUUUUGUACGUAAGAUAGAUAAGAUCAGAUAAGUGUUGUAAAAUACUAUGAUCUAUUCUGCCUUGUUGAAUUAAAAUGUUCACAUUGCACUAAUAAUUAUAAGAUUUGAAAAUUAUAAAGUUCAAAGUUGACAAAUAAGGUGAUAGUUCAUAUUGACAUACUUAUUUUUGUGUGCUAUUUUGAAUUCUAUGGGUCUUUAUUUUUCUUAUAUCUGUUUUUUUUUCUAAUUUAUUUGCUUCUCAUUAAUAUGUGAUAGAUUACAAACCUCGAAUGUAAGAUAAAUAUAUAGUAAAUCCUUGUGGAUAUGAAUCCUCAUUUUAUUCUGCAACAAUUUUUGAGACAAAGUUCCAAGCUAAGGAAUAUAUUAUAUUAAGAUUUUGACUAACUUUUUUCAGAUUAUAAUUAUUUGACAAUACAAAUUGUUCAGAUUUUUCAAUAUUAUUCAAAGUUCAUCUAGUAUUAGAAGCGUAGAUUGUACAGUUAACACUACUUAUUGUGAAGUCAGUGUUUGUAAAAGGUUUCUGGCAAUAAAAUAGUCCAAUCAA